AAAGCAGACGGAGUGCGUUCUAAGCCAGUUACUUUUCGACUGCCGCUCAAAACGUCAACAUCGUCGGCUACAGUAAAUUCUUUUAGUGUCUACUUGAUUUAAGACAAUUAUUGUGAUAUUGACAACCCCAAGAUGCUAAGACAGUGGGCAUGCCUGCUUCUACUCUGCUCCGUGCAAGCGGUACCAUUUUACAGCGACUUUAUGCAACAUUUAACACGCCCAUUACCGCUGCAUCGCACCAUGUUUGCGUCCAUACCAUUUGCACCACUAGCACCGCUAGAACCACUGCAUGCUCAGUCGUCACAGCGUGUGGCCAGUGUUUGGGCAGCCCCCCCGCCAGCCCCGCUGGCCAGCCACCACUCCCUAGCUAAUGCACCACCGUUGCCACUCUACAGUAGCAGCUUCGACAAUGACGGCAUCAGUGACACUGAGUUUGUGCCACUAGAGCAGCAGCAGCAGCAGGGACGACAGGAUGCUGCAGCUGCCGCCGCAGCUGUAUCAAGUCAGGCCCAUGCCACGGGCUUGGAACAGAAGCCUUUCAAUGUCGAUGCCAUCACCACGGACGUGAAUUCGCCCAACCCAGCUGUGUUCUUCCAGCAAUCAUUCCCCUUCUUUGGCAAUGAGUUCAUCAAUUCUUUUGGUGGAUUCGGAUUUGGUAACGCUCAGGAGCCUUGGUGGAAAGGACCCAAUGUGUGCACCGAAAAGGAGGAAAACGAAGGAGCAAACGCGGAAGCUGAUGGUGAAACUGUGGACAGCUUCGGUGAGGAACGUGAUGGUGCUGCUAACGUGGUCCGUUCACCACUCUUUGGCCAAUUCCAUUUCAGCGUUAACUCCUGUGCUGAAAAACCCAACAAGCACGUCUGCACAAAGAUCGUCAAUCAAAAUGGAAAGAAGAAAACGGUGACGCUGACACGCCAAUGCUGCCACGGCUAUGGACGUCCACGCAACGCAGACUUUACCACACCCUGUGAGAAGAUUGAGAUCAAAGAUAUCGAAGCAACUGCUGCGGAUAUGGGAGCUAAGCAGUUCAUUGAGAGCGCUAAGAGUGCUGGCGAGCUGGGUGAUAUGCUGGGCAGCGGCACUGGCAAAAAAAUUACACUUUUUGUGCCCAACGAUACCGCUUUUCAGGAGUACCGCGGUCGGCAUCAGCAAGAGAACAACGUGGAUGACGCCAGGGCGGAACACACACAAAAGUCGUCUAUUUACAAGCUCCACUCGGUACAGGGCGAUGCGCAACUAGAGGAUCUUCCCAAUGAGAAGCUGCUGCAGACUGAGCUUCCUGGUCAGAGGAUACGUAUCAACAGUUACCAGUUGCCGCCAGCUUUGGGCCUGGAGCCCUAUCGGUAUGCCGCCAACUGUGUGCCCAUUGAGAAGCACGACAAGCUCUCCGAACAAGCUCUAGUGCACACGCUGAGUGGUGUGCUGAAGCCUUUGACCAAAACUGUAAUGGAUCUCAUACGUGAACGUGCUGAUAUGUCUAUCAUGCGUACCGUGCUGGAAAAAACCAACAUCAGCGCUCUGCUGGAGGCUGACAAGCCCGUCACUAUCUUUGUUCCCACGGAUUCAGCGUUUGAUAAGCUGGAGCCACAUUUGCGACGUGCCCUAAAGGAGGGACGUGGCUGCGCCUCUAACAUACUGAAGAACCACAUGCUGGACCUAACCUUCUGCUCAUUGGCCACUCUGCCAGGUGCUAAGACGACAGCGUACAAUCUACUAGGUGAACCACUUCUGCUUAACCGCACACGAAGUGCCCAGAAUCAAACAGAGGACUCUGUUAUCUACAUAAAUAACGCCGCUAAAAUUCUGGACGCUGAUAUCAUGGGCACCAAUGGAGUACUCCAUGUGAUUGACACCAUUCUGCCCACCGAAUCUGCUCUGCCAAUGACCACUCUGAUGUCGCAAAAGAACCUAACUAUCUUCAAGCGCCUGCUGGAGGCCUCUGGCUUCGAUGACCAAUUCGAUGAUUUGGACAAUGUUACAAUCUUUGCACCCACAGACAAGGCAUUGCAAAAUUCAGAAUGGGCACGUCUGUUGGCAGAAAAACCAGAGGCGUUGAAAAACAACAAAGAUUUAUUGGAGUUCCUCAACUACCAUGUGGUCAAACCAAUGAUUAAGACCUGUGAUCUAUCGGAGAGCUCGUUGCCUACAAUAGCGGGCAAAAAUGUUCGCCUAAAUCUGUACUCCACGCAUGCGCUCUUCUCAGACGUAAUGAACAGAGCUACGGUAAACUGUGCCCGCCUGGUGCACUUCGAUGACGAGAGUUGCGGCUCUGUGCUGCAUCAACUGGAUCGCCCUUUGACAGCACCCAAGAAUAAUCUGCUCAAAGCACUGGAGGCCAAUCCCAACUACAGCAAAUUCCUAGAACUGGUGAUCAAGGCCAACUUAACCCAUUUGUUAUCAAAUGAAUCAGAUAGCUUUACACUUCUGGUGCCCAAGAAUGAUGUAUUUGAGGAGUUCAGCGAAUCCAUCGAGUCCAAGGCUACGCAGAGCCAGCCCGAUCUCGAGGCGCAGGUCAAGACGCAUAUUGUUAACGACGUCGUCUGCUGCGCUGGUAUUAUACCGACCAAUUGGCCAUUUGUACGCUCAAUCGAAUCCAUUUCGGGUCAACACCUGCGCAUAACACGUGAUCGCCGACCCAAAAUCGAAAACGCCGGAGUUACAAAAUGUGAUGUGGUAGCUACCAAUGGAAUCCUGCAUGAGAUUAAUGACAUCAUUGUGCCCAAGCCACAGCAGCAGCACCAUCGACCACAGUUUCCGCCUAGCUAUCAGCCCAAUGGUGAUUUUGAUGUAUUCUUUUAAAGAUCAGCGGUUUUUUGGGCGGCGAUAUUAUUAAAUGUCUCUAUGUGUGUAUCUACUUCUUUGUCUACUACAUAUACAUAUAUAUUUAUAUUAUUUUAUAAAGAUUCGUCAAUGAUUGAAAUUUACAUUAAGCAAAGAAUAUAUGCAUAAAUUUAAAAAAAAAAAAAAUAACAAAGCAACCUUUUUAACAGAAUUGGUCAUUUACAAACCAAUGUGACCAUGUAGCAAAAGAAAAAGUCCGAUAUGUAUUUUGAAAUAUCGAUGCAACGACGAUGCAGAGGCAACAAUCGGGAAGCAUUGAGCUAAAAAAUCAUCGAUGGUCGAUGCAUCGAUAUUUCUUUACAUUCCUGGAACAGAUGAUAAUUGAACUAAUAAACUGUGUCACUGAUUAAA